UUAGCUUGUGUUUAUCUUCAAUACCCAUUUCUUUCUUUUGCUUCCUAUACACCCAUUUUCAUUCAAAAGAAGAUUUUCUUGUUGUGUGAUGGAGAAUUGGGGCAAUAAUCCUCUGCAGCUCAAGUCCUUGAAUCACAUUUCUCUACUGUGCAGAUCACUUGAGAAAUCUCUUGAUUUCUAUCGGUCUGUUCUUGGGUUCUUCCCUAUUAGGAGGCCUGAUUCCUUUGACUUUGAUGGUGCAUGGCUAUUCAGCUAUGGCAUUGGCAUACAUCUCCUCCAAUGUGAAGACCCUGAAAAGUUGCCCAAGAUUAAGAGGAUCAACCCCAAAGACAACCACAUUUCCUUUCAGUGUGAGAGCAUGUCAACAGUGGAAAGAAAGCUGCAGGAGAUGGGGAUAAUCUACGUGAAGACCAGGGUAGAAGAAGGUGGGAUCCACGUUGAUCAGCUGUUUUUCCACGAUCCAGAUGGCUUGAUGAUCGAGAUUUGCAAUUGUGACAAUCUCCCAGUGGUUCCCUUAACAGGAGAAACCGUCAGAUCAUGUUCAAAGAUCAGUUGCAAUGUGCAUCAACAACAGCAGAUAAAACAACAACAACAAGCAGUUCAAAUAAACCAAUAGUACUUAA